AUGACGCCCACAGAAAUGGAUCAGUCUCCGUUCGAGCGCGUGUUCGACCUUGAAACCAUCCCAGAAUCUCCUCUGCCCGAUUCCGGCGACAUGGACACUGCAUUUGACUCCUUUCUCAACCUCCCGGCCGCGGCCUUUCCCUGGACCGCUCGCGACAGUACCCCUGGCGGAAAGAGGGGCGAGAAGAGCGUCCAGGCCAACGCGAGCAAUGCGAGACAGCGCGCGGCGCGGAAGCAGCUGCUCGCGGCGCUUAUGGAAGCUCUCGCGGACUCAGCCGCGGACGACACCGCCGCCGCGGAAGCCGAUGACGAGCCGUCCUCACCGGAAUCCCUUGAUGAGCGGGAGUUCCUCCCACCCGCGGCGCUGCCAGCAGGAUCGCGGAAGCGCAAGGCGGCGGAGAUCGAGGAGGUUCCUUCCGCGGAUGCGCCUGUCGAGGGCGGAAGCGAGGGGGAGUCGGAGGUGACGCGCCAGCUGCGCCGUGCGAUUGCUGAUGUCAUCCUCCGCGGCAGCGGGGCCGGCGGACCGUGCCCCGCACCCGGCGCUGCUUCUCCCAACGAUCCCGCGCCUCUCGCGGCUGCACCGCUGCCAGUAGUAACGGUAACUACUCAUGCCGCCAACCCCGCCGGCAGGACGCUCGCUCAUGGCCCGCUGCCAAUGCCCUUGCGCCUGCCCAUCACCAAUGUGCACCGUGCGGCACCCGCUGCGCCUGCGUCACUAGCAGCCAUGGCCGCGCCAGAAGCAGCAGCUUGCAUGAACUACUAUGACAAUUCAAAUUAUGCCAUCAUGGCUGGGUUUGGCGGAAGUCCUCCGCGUGGAGGCGCCAAUGGGGCGGCGGAUCAUGAUGCGGAUGAUUGGUUGCCGCGCAAUCGCGGGCGCAAGGACAGGCAAAUGGAGGGUGGGCGCAUCAAAGCGCGGAGCAUGGCGGAGAGGCAGAGGCGGGAGAGGAUCAGUGAGGGGCUGCAGAAGCUGCGCUUGGUGGUGCGCGGACAUGGGGACACGGCCACGAUGCUCGACAAGGCUGUAGCAUAUGUCGAUGCUUUGCAGCGCAGAGUGACCGCGCUGGAAACCGCCCUACUGCUGCACCAGGCGUCGUGCAAACACCCAGAGUGGCAGAAUGGUUGCUCCCUGGAUUCCCCUGGAGGAUCUUCUGAGCAUUUUUAA